GAGAUAUUAACGGAAAACACUGACCAAUCAGAGCGCGAGGAUGCUGGUGGAGCGUAGGCUACGCGCUAGCCGGCUUCGCUCAUACGCUACCGCGGCCGCUCCACCAGUUAAUAUCUCCUCAACGAAGCCUCGGACAACAUUUUCGCUAAGGACAAAGUUCUUUCAAAUCACCUCCCGAACCACCCCUUUCAAGGUGUUACAACAUUUUUGGGACACCCUGUAUGUGGUCGUAGAGGCAAACGAAUUUCCGCUAUGUCAUCUAGGAAUGAUGUGAAAAUUAAUUUGUCCCUAACAUAAAUAGCGGUACGCGACAAUACAAAUUCAUAAUAUUCUAGGUUUUUUUUUUUUAAUGAAAGGAUAAACUGCACACCAAACAACACACUAACCAACUUCAGAUGAUUCCGUCAAAAACACGUGCUUACCUGGGCAUUGAUUUCGAAGGUCGCUUAGAGUUGCACAUGUUAUUCAGUUUUUAUUAUUUUUUUCAAAUAUGCUUCUACAAAGUUUAAAGACUUUUGUUGAAAGAAAGGAAACUUACGCACAGAAACUUGCGUCCUAUAGAAAUUAUAAGGAGCUGGACAAGAAUGAUUGCGAAAGAAUUGUAGAUAUUUUGUGUGAGUUUUUAAUGGAUCUAGAAUGUACAGACGAUGUCGCAGAAUGUUUUCCACAAUUACUACCUGCAUUAGUUUCUGCAAGUAUUUCUAUAGACAAGGUCUCCUUUAAUGAUGGAGAUGGACUUCAUAAGUUAAACUCUGUCAUUCUGGGAAAACUUGGUAGCAAGAACCGUGAUCUAUUGACAUUCAUUCUACAAUAUUUUGAUACAAAUCCAGCACCAUUUGAAUCCAUAGAAGAUGACUAUAAGCCUUCUUUAAAGCGGCAUAAUAGAAGAAAAAUAACAACCUUUCCUGAAGUUUCUGAUCAUGAUCUAGUAACAGCUUGCUAUGACAUUCUAUGCAGUGCACCAAUACAUUUUAUUUAUACAUGGAAUUGGUCCAAAUUUUACAAAUAUUUAACAUUUAGUGAUGAAUAUGUUAGAUGGAUGGCAAUGAAUUGUAUUGCUGUUGUACUAGGAUUGUCAGAGUCUUGCUAUUUAUCUCAUAUGAAUGAUUUCCUUUCAAAGAAUCAACAAUUUUCUAUUAAGUGCAAAGAAGUUAGUCAAAACAAUAUAACAUCUGCAGAAACCGAAGAACUAGAUCAAUUGUUUAAUGGUCUAUCAUCAGUAAUAUCUAUCGGAGGAGUUCUGCUACCAGUUUUUAAGAAAUUGAAACACAAAAAUAAAUUGAAUUUAGUUUCGGUACCAUCUACACGAAGAAAUUUACAAAAUUUAGCUUUUGCGGUAUCUUCUAACAAAUGUGUAUGUUUACAAGGUGCCGUUGGUUCUGGAAAGACUGCAUUAGUAGAAUUCUUAGCACAGGCAACAGGCCAUGAUACCCAAAAUUUUGCAAAGGUGCAGUUAGGUGAUCAAACAGAUUCUAAAAUGUUAUUGGGAAUGUAUAGAUGUACUGAUAUUCCUGGAGAAUUUCUGUGGCAACCUGGAAUUUUAACAGAAGCCGUGUUGUCUGGCAAGUGGUUACUUUUGGAAGACAUUGAUUGUGCUCCAACAGAUGUUAUCAGUAUUAUUGGACAUCUCAUGGAAAGUAAAACAUUGUCGGUUCCAGGGUACAGAGAUUGUGUACAUGUAAAAAGUGGAUUUCAGUUAUUUGUUACUAUGAGAUUAGCAUCAGGAGGGGGACAGAAGCCACUCAAAGUGUCUAUACCAUUCCAGAAAGAUUGGUCUUGCGUUAAUGUGGAAUCUUUAUCCAAAGAUGAACUUGUAACAAUUGUUCAAACUUUAUUUCCAGUGUUACAUACAGUGGCCACAAGAAUGAUUGAUGUAUUUUUGUUGUUUUCUGUUGGUAAUCACAAAGAUGAUAUUGUGAAUAGCGUAAGGAAUGCUAGGCAAAUCUCUACAAGGGAUUUGAUUAAAUGGUGUUCUAGGGCUGUUGUUGACUUCAAUGUAUCAUCACCUGUAUCUGCACUGAAGAUUUUUCAAGAUGCUUUGGAUGUUUUUUGUUAUUCUGUGCCUAAUUGCGUGCAACGAUUAAAUUUGGCAAUAUCAGUAGCACAUAAGUUAGGUAUUGUAAAAACAAAAGCAGAAUAUUUCUGUGAAAUGCACAAACCAUCGCUAAAUCUUCAUAAGGAAAGUCUUAUGGUUGGCAGAGCAAAGUUAGAGAUAAAAAAAUCUGAACGUGUACAAAUGCAGCCAAGAAGCUCGAACUUUUCUUAUACUAGAACAUCUGUAUGUCUUUUAGAACGAAUAGCUAGCUGUGUUAUGCAAAAAGAACCUGUUCUUCUAGUCGGUGAGACAGGAACAGGGAAGACGAGUUGUAUUCAAUAUCUUGCACAGAUAACAGGCCAUAAACUGAUAGUAAUAAAUAUGAAUCAACAAAGCGAAAGUACUGAUUUACUCGGUGGUUAUAAACCAGUUGAUUUCAAGCUUUUUGUUUUUCCAAUUCGCGAAGAGUUUGAAAUUUUAUUUCGAUCCUAUUUCGCGAUCGAACCAAAUCAGAAAUUUCUGAGUCACAUUGGUCAUUGUUUUGAGCAAAGAAGGUGGAAAACACUGACUAGUUUAAUGAUUCAGAGUACUAGUGCAGCGUUAAAAAGAUUAAGAACAAAUUCAAGAAAUCGGGAUGCAGUGGAGCUUUUAAAGAAAUGGGAAAAAAUAGCACAGAAAUUGGAGAAACUUCAGACUCAAGUGCAAAGUCAGUAUUCGUUAGCAUUUUCUUUUGUGGAAGGUGGUCUAGUGAAGGCAUUGAAAAAUGGAGAUUGGGUUUUAUUGGAUGAGAUCAACUUGGCUACUGCAGAAACAUUGGAGUGUCUUUCUGGACUGUUGGAGGGAUCUUGUGGAUCAUUAUCUUUGAUAGAGCGUGGAGACAAAGAACCAAUUAAAAGGCAUUCAGAUUUUGUAAUUUUUGCGUGUAUGAAUCCUGCAACAGAUGUUGGAAAGAAAGAUCUUCCUGUAGGGCUCAGGAAUAGAUUUACUGAAUUUUUCGUCGACGAAAUUUCAGAGAAAUCAGAUUUGCAACUUCUAACAAGCUCCUACUUAAAAGAUUUAAAUCUUCCACCAGAGAAAAUUGAGAGUAUUGUUAAGUUUUAUUUAAAUAUCAAAAAAGAAGCUGAAACUAAUCUUCUUGAUGGAACUGGUCAUAAACCGCACUAUAGUUUACGAACGCUAUGUCGGGCUCUCAGUGUAUCCGCACAAAAUCCUUGUGGAAAUGUAUUGAGGUCUUUAUAUGAAGCAUUUUGUUUAAGUUUUCUAACGCAAUUGGAUAGUAAUUCUUAUCCAUUAGUACAAAGAAUGAUUGUGAAGGCUAUCUUGGGUGAUAAAACUGCAAGUGCAAUUCUUGGAACGCCAAUCCCAAGGCCGCAUAAUGUAUUUACUGAACACUUUACAUCCUUUGAAGGAUACUGGAUUCCUAAAGGUGAUCUCAAGCCACAAAUACCAGAAAAUUACGUACUUACAGAAACGGUGAAACAAAAUUUAAAAGAUUUAGUACGAGUAGUUUCCAUUGGAAAAAUGCCUGUUCUGUUACAAGGUGAUACUUCUGUUGGGAAGACUAGUUUAAUAACAUAUUUGGCCAAAGCCUCUGGACAUAUCUGUGUUAGAAUCAAUAAUCAUGAACACACCGAUCUGCAGGAGUAUGUUGGUACUUAUGUAGCCGAUUCUACUGGAAAGUUAGUUUUUAAAGAGGGUAUUCUAGUAGAUGCGAUGCGUAAAGGAUAUUGGAUAAUCUUGGACGAGUUAAAUUUGGCACCCAGUGAUGUUUUAGAGGCUUUAAACAGAGUUCUUGAUGACAAUAGAGAACUAUACAUUCCAGAAACCCAACAAUUGGUUAAAGCACAUGACAGUUUCAUGCUCUUUGCUACUCAGAAUCCUCCAGGAUUAUACGGUGGAAGAAAGGUACUUUCACGGGCAUUUAGGAACAGAUUCGUUGAACUACACUUUGAUGAGAUACCACCGAAAGAGCUUCAAAUAAUAUUACACAAAAGAUGUAAGAUGCCAGAAACAUAUUGCAAACAAGUAAUUAAUGUGAUGACAGAACUUCAAGUUCGAAGAAAGAGCACCGCCACGUUUGCUGGAAAGAAAGGAUUUAUAACGCUUAGAGACCUAUUUCGUUGGGCUGAGAGAUAUCAUCUUGCACCUGAGACUAAAGGUACUCUUUACGAUUGGAGUCAACACUUAGCUGAUGAAGGGUAUUUAGUCUUGUCUUCGAAGGUCCGUCAUCCAGAAGAAUGUUCAGAAAUUAUACAGGUUUUGAAAAAACACCUAAAAAGAAACGUCGAUCCAAAUUCUCUAUUUUCACUUUCCGAGAAGACUUCACCUGUGACAAAACCAAUUUUGGAAUCUCUUCUGUCGAAGAAGGUUACAGGAUUUGAGCACGUAGUCUGGACAUAUCAGAUGCGCAAAAUGGCAGUACUUCUUACAAAAGCUUGUGAUUUCAAAGAGCCAGUUCUGUUGAUUGGCGAGACAGGAGGUGGCAAGACCACAGUUUGUCAACUUUUGUCAGUGAUCAAACAACAAGAGCUCAGUAUUGUUAAUUGUCACAUGCAUACAGAAGCUUCCGAUUUUCUUGGAAGUCUCCGUCCUGUUAGGGAGCAUAAAGAAAGUCAGAAACUAUUCGAAUGGGUGGAUGGCCCUUUAGUGAAAGCCAUGAAAAAUGGUGGCUUCUUUGUUGUAGAUGAAAUCUCAUUAGCUGAUGAUAGUGUUCUUGAACGAUUAAACUCUCUUUUAGAACCUGAACGUAAACUUUUGAUUGCUGAAAAACCGUCAACUGAAAAAAACGCAACAGUUACUGCAAAUAAAGAUUUUAUCUUUGUUGGGACAAUGAAUCCUGGUGGCGAUUAUGGCAAAAAGGAACUUUCGCCAGCCCUUAGAAAUAGGUUUACUGAAAUUUGGUGUGAAGGCAGCGUUUCAUUAGAUGAUCUCAGAUCUAUUAUGGUACACAAUCUACGCGAUAAAUUCAAAGAAAGUGUUUCCACAGCAAUAAUAGAAUUCCUUAAAUGGCUACAAAGAACAGAAAUAGGGAAGAAGCUUAUCGCGAGCGUUAGAGAUGUGCUUACGUGGGUGAAUUUUGUUAAUUGUUGCCAAGGAUUAGAAAUAGGAGAUGCUUUCUUCCAUGGUGCAGCGUUAAGCUAUAUUGACGGGCUUGGAGCUGGUUUGACUGCCACAGAAAAUUCAAAGAAGUUUAAGCAUUUCAAGGAUUCUGCAUUGAGGUUCAUUGAAUAUCAAGUACAAAAUACAUUAAAGUCCAAGCUGUUGUUGAGCUGCGAGAAGUCUGAUGUUGAAUAUUAUGAGGACAAAUUUGGAAUGCCUCCGUUUUAUGUGAAAAAAGGCGAUGAGCAAAUUCCAGAUGACCUAGGAUUCACUUUUAAGAGUCCAAUGACCAGAAUAAAUUCCUUAAAAAUAUUGCGUGCUUUGCAAUUAAAAAAACCAAUUAUAUUGGAAGGUAGUCCAGGAGUUGGGAAAACUAGCUUGGUUUCUGCACUUGCGAGAGCUUCCGGACACCGUCUUCUUAGGCUGAAUCUCAGUGAUCAAACGGAUAUUUCGGAUUUGUUUGGAGCUGAUUUGCCAGUUGAGGGUGGAAAACUUGGUGAAUUUUCUUGGAGAGACGGUCCUUUCCUAAGAGCCCUAAAAAAUGGGGAUUGGAUUCUUCUCGACGAAUUAAACCUUGCUUCGCAGUCAGUUCUCGAAGGACUAAAUGCUUGCCUUGAUCACCGUGGCGAAAUAUUUAUUCCAGAAUUAGGAAUGACUUUCGUUGUGAAAGCAGGAACUCGAUUAUUUGGUUGUCAGAAUCCUCUCCGUCAAGGUGGAGCUAGAAGAGGGCUUCCGAAGUCAUUUUUGAAUCGUUUUACUCAGGUUUUCGUGGAUAUUUUUAAACAAGACGAUUUAAAAUUCAUUUUAAAAGCCCAAUUUCCAAAGUUGCCAGAAGAGUUACUGAAUAAAAUGAUUAUGUUUAACGAAAAGUUAAGUUCUGAAGUGGGAAUUACAUGGGCACAUUCGGGAUCUCCUUGGGAGAUGAACCUCAGGGAUGUUACCAGAUGGUGUGAAAUAACCAUGGAAGCUUUCGAACGGAACUCAUCAAAAACAUUUAAUCCUGGAAAAGGAGCUCAAUUACUUUACGUUGACAGAAUGAGAACAAAAGAAGAUAAAGUUAAGGUGAUUGAGAUAUAUGACACAAUAUUCUCAUUGAACGAUUAUCCUUUGCCAGACCAGAAAUUUCCAAUUCAUUUGACGAAAGAAAAGGUUUUCUUAGGGGAUGAAAUAUUAGAUCGGAGUGAUUCUGCGGUGUACGAGGAUGACGAUUUGCUGCUUCUCAGAGAACAGAAAACUACCCUCAAAGGCCUCGCACAGUGUGUUAACAUGAACUGGAUGGCGAUUCUUAUUGGGGAAUCCGGAAGUGGAAAAAGCAGUCUUGUGCGCCUUCUUGCAAAUUUGACUGGUCAGAAGCUGAAAUCAGUCGUAGUACAUUCUGCGAUGGACACUACAGAAAUUUUAGGCGGCUUCGAACAGAUUACCAGGAGAGCCAAAAUCACCUGCAUGCUAGUAAAUAUAGACAAACUGGACCACAUAAAGCGUUUCAAGUUACUUUCUCAGGAAUUGUCAGGCAUAGCAACAAAAAUCGUUUUUCAGUAUUUUCUGACUCACUUUGGCGUUUCUAUGCCACACAUGUGUAUUGCUUGGCAAAUGACUAUUCCUCCAGAGAAUAGAACGGGACGGACUAUAUUUUUUAAAAUGGAAUAG